AAUUGUAGUUGUCAGAAAGCCUGAUAGUGACACGACAAAUCAAACUACACCGUGACACCGACGACAAGCCACGGAAACAACCGGACAGAUCUUUUUGGGGCAAAGUCUUCAUUAUAAACAGGAAGGAUGCAUGGCCGAGUGAAGGUGAAGUCGACCGCCCAGCAGGAGGAGGCGAAGAGGAAGGAGCGGGAGAAGAAGCUGAAGGUCUACGUGGCGGCACGCGACGCCUGCUUCUCCAAGAGAAAAGAUGGCCUCCUGGACGAGGGUUCUCUCCAGAUCACGCAGCAGCUCCUCUUGUCCAAUCCUGACUUUGGGACGCUGUGGAACUACCGGAGGGAGGCGCUGCUGCACCUGGAGACCGUCAGGGACGAGGAUGAAGUGCAGAAGCUGUACGAGGCCGAGCUCUCCUUCCUGGAGGCGUGUCUUAAGGUCAACCCCAAGUCCUACGGCAGCUGGCACCACCGGGCCUGGAGCGCCACGCGGAUGCCCCGCCCCCUUUGGGCCAGAGAGCUCAGCCUGUGUGACCGCUGCCUGAGCCUGGACGACCGCAACUUCCACUGUUGGGACUACCGCCGCAUGGUGGUGCGUCUGUCCGGCGUGCCGGUGGACCAGGAGUUGGCGUUCACCGACCGCCUCAUCGGCUCCAACUUCUCCAACUACUCCAGUUGGCACUACCGCAGCACGCUGCUGCCGCUGCUGCACCCGCAGCCGGAGGCGGAGCCUCCACGCGCCUCCUCCACGCCGCCGCCGCCUUCCCCGCAGAGCCGCUCCCAUCGCGUCUGCGAGGAGCAGCUCCUCAAAGAAUACGAGCUGGUGCAGAACGCUUUCUUCACCGACCCCAACGACCAGAGCGCUUGGUUCUACUAUCGCUGGCUGCUGGGCCGAGCGGAGCACGAGGAGAUGAUCAGCUGCAUGUUCGUGAGCCGCGAGGACGAGCGAGUGUCCGUCGCCUUCUCCCGGACCGCCAACUCGGCCGGCCUCCUGCUGGUGCUGGACGGUCAGCCUCAGAAGGUGGAGUGGAGGACCGUCCACCCGCAACUCAAACACAGCCCGGUGUGGAUCUGUGACCUCGCUCCCGGCUCGAUCAGCGACGUCUCCAACGAGCACAUCCUGACGGUGCACUGGAUGGAGAAGCACACGCACCGGGACUGUGCGCUGCACUCAGGUCGGACUGAGAGCUGGUGUCGGGACUCGGCCACGGAUCAGGAGCUCUUCAGGAGCGAUCUCUCCGUGGAGAAGACCUCUGUGCUGCAGUCGGAGCUGCAGUCGUGUAAACAGCUGCAAGAGCUGGAGCCGCUCAAUAAGUGGUGCUUACUGACCAUCAUCCUCCUGAUGAGGGCGCUGGACCCUCUGGGCUACGAGAAGGAGACGCUGGCUCAUUUCCAGACGCUGCAGGAAGUGGAUUCCAUGCGCUCGGCUUAUUACGGCGACCUGUGCAGCAAGUUCAUGAUCGAGAACACCGUCCUGAAGAUGGAGUACGCCGAGGUCCGCGUCUUCAGCAUCUCAGACAAGGGCCUGACCACGUUAUGCCACCUGGACCAGCUGCUGUUGGUCACCCACAUCAACCUGUCAUCCAAUCAGCUGCGUCGCCUCCCUCCUCAGUUCUCCAUGCUGCAGUGUCUGGAGGUCCUGGAGGCCAAGGACAACUCUCUAGAGGACCUGGAAGGAGUCCGUCAGCUCCCCCGACUGGAGGAGGUCCUCCUGAAGAACAACAACAUCUCCACGCCGGCGGCGCUGCGGCCGCUGGCCUCCUGCCCCAAGCUGCGGCGCCUCGACCUCCGCGGCAACCCCGUCGCCCGGGUGGCCGGCGUGGAGGCGGAGCUUACGGCGAUGCUGCCCUCAGGCGUGGACCUCCUGCUCUGACCAGCUCCCUGGUGUUCUGCAUGUGACCCCCCCCCCCCCCCCACACACACACACUCCCCCCCCCUGAGGCACCUGUGUAAACCUCCUCAGCAGGGCGUCUCCAUCCAUGUGGGCGGCGGUUGCUCCCCGUUGCCGCGGGCGUCCUGGGCUCCGCCUGCACGCCUGAAGCAACCCGAUUGGUCGUUGGUGGGUCGGCGAGCAGCAAUGGCUUUAAACAACGGUUUGAUUGUGAUAAAUUAAAAUCCAGAGCUUCGCUUGAGUUCCUUUCCUUUUGUUUCAUUGUUGUCGUGUCAGAGCGUUUACUCUCUGACGCUCCCCUGUUGCGCAGGAAGUCACGAUCCACCAAUAAAAACACACACAUUGUGUCACUGCCUUCAGGAAGAA